AUGCGAGGCAAGCUUGUCUUCGUUUGCUGGCAGAUGUUUUUGCGCCAGUCAAAAUCGAUGUCGAGUUGGGCUGGCUUUUCUCAGCCGGGGGCAUUGCCCACAAGUGCCAUUGGCAGGGCCGCCACUCCGGCACUGGAGGUGCUACUUCUGGUUGUUGUGGAAGCAAACAGUGGACUGCAGCCCAACCAAAGGCGUUGGCUGAUUUCCGUUCCUUCCGCGCAGGCGUGCCAAGGCUGUGCCGCAGGAAGUGUGGAUGUUUGCAUUGUCUGGCUGAUGACUGGCAGAAACAAGAGCAACAAUUCAAUCGAUAUUCACUUGGUACCUGGUUUCAACCAGAAGCGCUCUGCAUUUGCAAUCGAGAGCGCUGGGUCUGGACUCGUGCCCAAAGCGCCGAGCGGCGUCCAUGACUCCCACUGA